GAACUGCAUUUCCCAGCAGAAGCAGCCUCUCCAGAGAUUCUUCCCAAGGUAAGUCCAAUGCUACCUGAUCCAGAGACAGGUUCCCCUGACAGGUGAUCGGAGACAACGAACUCAUGUAAUGGAGAUUAGACAUAAAGCCCCCUUGAAUCUGCUCUGAACUUGAAAAUACCUUGCAGCAAUGGACUCAGUUUAUUCCCUGGUGACCCACUGUGGCUCUUUCUCUUCUUCUGAUGUCAGCAGGGAUUAACCCCUGUGAGCCCUGAGCAGAGGCAGCAGUGCUGUGACCCUCUCUCCAACAGAGCCAGCUCUGCUCUGAGAUGGCACAGAGAUGCAGCCUCGCCGUCCCCUACGGAGCGCCCAUCCUUGCUAUUUCCUUCUUGGCAUGUGUGGCCACAGGUGUGGAACUGUCUGUAAAUAACCACGCUGCUGACUUCACCCUGUCUACACAGCCUGGCCCUGCCAUCUCCCUCUCGUGCCUCGUACACAACAGCAGCCAGGCCGAGGAGCUGCUGUGGUACCGUGGAGAUGGGCAAGUGGGUCUGAAAGAUGGGAAUAAAGUCAACAUCAGCAACAUCUGCAUAUCCCCGGUCAAUGAGUCUGACAACGGGGUCACCUUCACGUGUAAGCUGGCACGGGACAAGUCUGUGCAGGUGUCUGUGAUCCUGGAUGUCCAGUUUCCUCCCUGGCUGAGUGGAGAGGAGACCCUCCACGUGGAAGAAGAGAAAGAUGCCACUCUGACCUGCAACUCCAAAUCCAACCCUCAAGCCCAAAGCACCUGGUUUAAGGACAACCACAGCUUGACCCUGCAGCCCAGUCGUCACGAGCUGUACCAGACCAGUGAGGUCUUUCGGCUCUCCAUCAGGAAAGUGCAGAAAUCUGACAGUGGGACCUACACCUGCGUGGUGGAAUCACCCCUGGGAAAUGGGACAAGGGAUUUCCACCUCGUAGUUGAAGAUAAAAAACCUGUUUUUCCCACGGAAGCUGUUAUUGCUGCUGUUGUGGUGGUUUCAAUCACAAUACUUUUUGGAAUUGUGGCGCGAAAAGAUAAAUUUUUUAAGUGCUUCAAGAAACAAAAAGAAACAGCUUUGUAAAGAACACCCAGAAAACAUCAUUUCUAGUGGUCAACCAAAGCCAUUUUGUGAGAUGAUGAGAUAAAGCACCGAAACCAUUUUGCUGGGAUCAAGUUUAUAUGGUUUUUCAAAAUAUAAGUGGUUCUUUGCA